AUGUCAGCAGCAAAUCGCGGUCGACCCACUGCGGGCGGCAGAAAGCGUGGAAGGGAUCAGGAGGAUGAUAUGCCGUCGUCCUCGGGAGCACCACCGUCGAGCCAUCUCAUUCAGGACAUUGACGAUGCCGACGAGAUGGCAGAGGACGAUGCAGGAAUUGACUUGUUCGGCGACAACUUCGACCGUGAUUACGACAGAACAGAUGAUGCAGCAUACCAAGGCGCAGACCUCGACGAUGAAGGCGAGUACGAUCAGAUGGAUGCGGCAGCCAGGAGACAGCUCGAAGCACGCUUGAACCGACGCGAUCGCGAAUUGGCACGAGAGCGCAGAGUCCCUGGCGCUUUCCUGCCGGACGAAGAAGAGGAUGUCACAGAUCUAACUCGCCAGCCACGAAGGCGGCGACACAGAUUCGACGAAGAGCCGGACGACAUCGACAUGCACGAGGAUAUCAUGGCUGAGGAGUUGUCCCUCGAAGCGCUUCAAGAUGUCAAGGCUGCCAGUUUGACCGAUUGGGUCACUCUGCCCGCCGUGCAUAAGACAAUCGCACGCGAAUUCAAAGCCUUCCUCACAGAAUAUACCGAUUCUGCAGGGACUUCGGUUUAUGGUGUGCGCAUCCGAACGCUUGGAGAGGUCAAUGCCGAAUCACUGGAAGUCGACUGGGACCAUCUUUCGCAAUCCAAGCCAACUCUGGCGUACUUCCUGGUCAACGUGCCUUCCUCAAUCCUACCCAUCUUUGACGCGGUAGCGCUGGAAGUUGCACUCUAUCACUACCCAGAUUAUGAGCGCAUUCACUCCGAGCUGCACGUCCGGAUCACAAAUCUACCAAUUUCUUAUACUUUGCGUCAACUUCGUCAGAGCCACUUGAAUUGCCUGCUUAGAGUCAGCGGAGUAGUCACCAGGAGAACAGGCGUCUUCCCACAGCUCAAGUACGUCAAGUUUGACUGCAUGAAAUGUGGCAUCACCCUUGGCCCAUAUCCACAGGACAGUAAUGCAGAAGUCAAGCUUUCGUUCUGCCAGAACUGCCAGUCUCGUGGUCCUUUCGCAUUAAACAGUGAAAAGACUGUGUAUCGAAACUACCAGAAGCUUACUCUCCAAGAGUCGCCUGGUACAGUCCCGGCUGGUCGGUUGCCCAGACAUCGAGAAGUGAUCCUGCUCUGGGAUCUCAUUGACUCGGCUAAGCCUGGAGAGGAAGUCGAAAUCACGGGAGUUUACCGCAACAACUACGAUGCCCAGCUGAACAACAAGAAUGGCUUUCCUGUCUUUGCCACCAUUCUGGAAGCUAACUACGUUGUGAAGACGCACGACCAGCUCGCAGGCUUCCGGCUGACAGACGAAGACGAAGCUGAGAUUCGUCGAUUGAGCAAGGACCCGAAGAUCGUCGACAAGGUCAUCAGCUCUAUCGCGCCUUCCAUCUAUGGCCAUACAGACAUCAAGACUGCUGUUGCUUUGUCCCUGUUUGGCGGCGUUGCCAAAGAGGCUCAAGGUCGACACUCGAUCCGUGGAGACAUCAACAUUCUGCUGCUUGGUGAUCCAGGAACAGCCAAGUCACAAGUCCUGAAGUAUAUCGAGAACACUGCCCAUCGAGCUGUCUUCGCAACUGGGCAAGGCGCCUCUGCUGUCGGUCUUACGGCUUCUGUACGACGUGACCCACUCACCGCAGAAUGGACUCUGGAAGGUGGUGCGCUUGUACUUGCCGACAAGGGCACUUGUCUCAUUGACGAAUUCGACAAGAUGAAUGACCAGGAUCGAACUUCGAUUCACGAGGCUAUGGAGCAGCAGACCAUUUCUAUUUCAAAGGCCGGUAUUGUCACAACCCUGCAGGCUCGCUGUGCAGUCAUCGCAGCUGCAAAUCCGAUCGGUGGCCGCUACAAUGGCACUGUACCCUUCAGCCAGAACGUUGAACUUACUGAGCCUAUCUUGUCCCGUUUCGACAUUCUCUGCGUUGUUCGAGAUACUGUCGAUCCAGCCGAGGAUGAGCGACUGGCUUCUUUCGUUGUCAACUCACAUGGACGGGCACAUCCAGUCAUGAACUCCUCCUUGGGUGCCGAAGCUGAAACACAGGAGGGCAUGGACCUCGAUGGAGAAGCGCCAGGCACGCGACCCAAGACAGAAAUACCGCAAGAGCUUCUAAGGAAGUACAUUCUUUACGCCCGUGAACACUGUCGACCCAAGCUUUAUCAAAUCGACCAGGACAAGAUUGCGCGCCUGUUCGCUGACAUGCGACGAGAAUCGCUUGCCACUGGAGCAUACCCGAUUACAGUCCGUCAUCUUGAAAGCAUUCUCCGUAUCUCUGAGUCUUUCGCAAAGAUGCGCCUCUCGGAAUACUGCAACUCUACCGACAUCGAUCGAGCGAUAGCAGUAGCUGUUGACUCCUUUGUCGGUUCUCAGAAGGUGUCUUGCAAAAAGGCCCUAGCACGUGCGUUCGCCAAAUACACGCUGAACCGUCCGGGUGCCGUUUCGAAUAGCCAUCGGAGAGGGGUUGCGGAGUUCUGCAUGGCGAUACCACUUUGA